GAGUGCUCCAGCGAUGUAGAGAGAAGGAGAGGGAGAAGAGGAGGUGGAGGCAGAUCGAGGAGAAGCAUGAAGAAUAUCCCCGAUAUCUAGGCUGACAGACGGGGAGAGCAUCUCGUCUCCCUCGCUUAUUUGGAGCCGACUGGAAGCGGAGGGAGGCAGCGGGGUUGAGGACAGGAUGGAGGAGAAGAAGCAGUUUCUUUGUGGGGUGGUGGAAGGAUUCUAUGGGAGGCCGUGGUCUAUGGAUCAGAGGAAAGUUCUCUUCCAAUGGAUGCAGAGUUGGGGGUUGAACACCUACCUGUACGGUCCGAAAGACGACUUAAAACACAGACUGCUGUGGAGAGAAGUCUAUUCUCCUGAAGAGGAGGCUCAGUUGCGUACGCUCAUAGUGGAGGCCCAGUCGAGAGGCCUGAAGUUUGUUUACGCCCUCUCUCCUGGUCAGGACAUCGUCUUCUCUUCUGCCUGUGACCUGACGCUGCUCAAACGCAAGCUGAGACAGGUAUCAGACCUGGGUUGCCAGGCAUUUGCCAUUCUGUUUGAUGACAUCGAUCACUCCAUGUGUCAGGCCGACAGCGAGGCCUUCUCUUCAUUCGCCCAUGCUCAGGUCAAUGUAACAAAUGAGAUCUAUCGGUUCUUGGGGGAACCGCCCGUCUUCCUCUUUUGCCCAACAGAGUACUGUGGUUCUCUGUGUUCUCCCAGUGUAUCCAAGUCUCCCUACCUGCAGACUGUAGGAGAGGACCUGCUCCCCAACAUAACUGUCAUCUGGACAGGCAGUAAAGUCAUCUCUAGGAAACUAUCUGUAGACUGCCUGGCUGAGGUGGAGUCUGUCCUCCAGCGCCCCCCGCUCAUCUGGGACAACCUGCACGCUAAUGACUAUGACUCCAGACGUCUCUUCCUGGGGCCUUUCAAGGGUCGGGAGCCUCAGCUGAGGAGCCACCUUAGGGGCCUGUUGCUCAACCCCAACUGCGAGUUUGAAGCCAACUACAUCCCACUGCAUACGCUGGGAAGCUGGUACAGAGCUGGAAAAGAGGAGAGGAAAGAUGAGGAGUGUGAGUACUGUCCUGAUAGAGCUCUGUCUGCUGCACUACAUGAUUGGAUGGAGGAACUCAACCAACCACUGCAAGCAGGUCGACAGAGCACACGAGCAGACCAGCGUUCCUCUGCUCCAACAUCUCGUUGCAAAACUCCUGACAGAUCUGACUGCCCCUCCACAUUCAGAGGGAGCUCUGCUGUGGCCAAACUACCCGUCUUCCCCCUCAACUCCAGCUCACCUCCGUUGUCACCCACUAAGGUCAAAGAGGAAUGGGAGGGGCGAGACGGGGAGAACAAGAGGUCAAACCAGCCUAGUCAAACCAAUCACCAACCUCCAGGAUCCAGACCUGGAGCACCAUCAGGUGGAAGCCGGGGGCAGAAGGCCCAGGGUCGGGGGAUCUGCGGUGGGAAGGGUCUAUUAAGUGAGUCCCAGGUGCGGCUGCUGGUUGGUCUUCAUUAUCUUCCCCAUGAACACGGCCCAUCUGCCCAGAAACUGCUACAGGAUCUGACCUGGCUUAAAUCAAACUGCCAACUGGUCAGUGCCAACACCAAGAAGACACCGCCUCAGAAGAUUGAUGAGUGGCGUGGUCGGGCCUCCAGGCUCCUGGCUCUGUGUGAAGACAUAGCGCAGCUCCACUGCAGCGUGGUGGGCGGGGCCAACAGGGCUGUGCUCUAUGACCUUUACCCUUACGUGUGGGACCUGAGGAACACGGCUCUGGUGGCAAAGGCCUUCAUAUGCUGGCUGGAUGGACGAGUGUUGAGUGACAGCUCCACCCUGGGCUCCUGGAGGAACUGCUUCCACUGGUGUGGCAAGACCACAGGGGCCGACCUACUGGGAGUCGAGUCGGAGCCAUGGGUGUUUAAAGGGGGGGUGUCUGGGGAGGUGCAGAUGCUUCUGCCCAUAGGCAGCAGCAGCGAACUCUUCAGUCAUCCUCCUCCUCUCUUCCCUACCUCUCGUCUCUAUAACAUCAGGCCCUACCACAGCAAGGACAAGUUGGAGUUGUAUCGGAUGGUCCGCCAACUUCACCUGAGGACUCAGGGUGGUCAAGAAUCUAGUAUUGCUCACCCAGAUGUCAUAGGAGACAGAUGUCUCGGACCGUGCCUGGCGUUGUGCCCAGAGUAUAGCUUUAUCCUGGAGGAUGAGCUGGGUGUGUGUGGCUGUGUGUUGGGCAUCUUGGAUGUUCGCUCUUUUGCCAAGCGGUGCCAGGCCACCUGGAUGCCCGCCAUGAGGGACAAAUAUCCACCCAAGGGAGGCAAUGCACACCCCAACACACAGGACUUGAUCCAGCUGAUGGAGGAGGACCAGGGUGAGUACCCGGACUCCCUCCUCUAUCACUUCCCCUCUCAGCUGCGACUGGAUGCCCUGCCGGAGCUGGUGGACAUCAGCGUCAGCCGCACCCUGCUCACCGCCCUCCUCACCGCACUCAAGGCAAACGGUUCUCAGGGUGUGUUCUGUGAAGUGCAGCCGACAGACCGUCAGAGGCUGGAGUUCUUGACAAAACUGGGCUUCCUGGAGAUCCUCAGAGGAGAAGCCAGGAGCAGAGAGGGAGUGGUGCUGGGGAGGCUGCUCUGAACAUAAAAACACACACACACAAACACACACAAACACACACAAACACACACACACACGCGCCUGGUCACACACGUACACUCUGCCAGAAACAUGUAACGACACUUGCACCAUGCAGUAGAUACACAAAGGCACUUGCAUACACUGAAAGAAGUUAGAAAAUAUGUUUUCUCCAUCAGGAGAGAAAACCUUUGUGAAGGAACAGUCCUGGAUUGCUUUGAGUCUGUGUGGCAGUAAUGGGGAUGAACCCAAAGAUUUCUGAGGGAUUUACAAAAUAUAAAAUAAGCCUUGAAUUGAAACCUUCAGCAGAGCUGUGCUAAUCUUUCCUGGUUCUUCCCCUGUCUGAGGAUUACAAGGUUUAGUCAAGUUUCAAGGAAGUCAGUAACAGAAUAGGUUGUUGCAGGAGCAGAGCGCUAAAUCACAGCAGCAGCAAAGUUGUCCUCUCUGUCAUAUGGAUGUUUUUAGUGGCUAUAAUCAAUAUUUUUAUUAAGACAUGACUGCUUGGAUGUAAAAUGGACUGAUCAUAGUGACAUGGAGCACUCACAGAGAAAUAGCAUUCAACGCUGCAGUUCUCCUCAGAUCUGCAGGAGCGUAUUAGUAUCUCUCGUUUAGUUUUUUUCUGGUCCACAACUUCACUCUUUUACUCACCGUCAUCAGUGUCGUUCCCAGUCGCAGCAGGCGAGGCUUCAAGGAUCUGCCCUGCUGAGGUGUCCUUAAGCAAGAUACUAAAUCCUUACAAGCCUCAAAGCUACUGUUCACUCAGACCUGACCUCUGACCUACCUGGAGAGGGGUACAUUUUAAACCUACAAAAACCAUUUCAAUCAGGAGAGACUAUUUAACGUGAACAGAAGGAAUAGACUUUGGUGCUUAGACCUCGACGGGAAGUGGAUCAUCAUGGGAGAUGGUCCAUAGAUCUAAGGUCCUUCCAAUUAGAGGAAAUCUAGAGCUGGGGCCUAUAGACACUGGUGUUGGUGAUGAGGAAUUGAGAUGGGGGAUGGAAACAUCUUCAUUAGAGGGAAACUCAGUGGUUUGAUUGGAGAUGGUCAGACAUCCACAGCUGAGGUGGUGAAGGAGGUGGAGGUGGGUCACACAAUGGUCACAGUUCUGAAACGACAGCUGAAUGACAGCAGAGAAGGAGAACACCUUGAAAGUAUGACAGCUUACAAGUGAUUGGCCAAAGGCCAGCAUGUCAGGUUGUGAUUGGCUGAAGACGAGAAUGAGUUGGUGGAUCUUAGAGAUGGUGGGAAACGGUGCUUGCGAUUUAAAGGGCAUGUGCAAGGAGAUCGUCGUCCUGACUGAUGCUUCGCUAAGCUUCAUGUAAAAUAACACGUGCUGGACUCUUUCUUGGCCAUGUGCAGUAAGUUACUUGCAGUCACCGUGUGGCUGACAGACAGGGAGUGGAGACAUCUUGUCUUUUGCACAGAUCAAACAAAUGAGAUAUAACUUGUUACUUAGUGAGCUUCAGGGGUGCAGGGACGUCGAUGGACAGAACCAGACUAGCUGUUACUCCAAUUUCCACUCUUCGUGCUAAACUAAGCUACAUCCUUAGCGUGCAGACAUGGGAAUGGUAACAAGAAUAAAGAUAUUUCUCAAAUUAUCAAACUAUUCCUUUUGGCUGGCAUAAGAUAAUCCCCCCCAGAAAAUGACCACAGCUGACCACUGCUAUGAUCAAUCCUGUGCUCUGCUCUCUCUGCUUUGUAUAAACAAUCUUUUUUUUUUUUCUUAAAAGUUAGGAUGUUGCUUUCUAGCUCCUGUCCUGCUGGUUAAAUAGUCUGCUCACACCAGACCGGACCCGGGCACGGCGUCACUGUUUACACUUGCUUAGUUUAGAUGAAUGUUUACAUGCAUGAAGAACAAUACAUUGUGUGGCUGUUCGCAAAGUAGGAUUACAUGUGCUACACUGACACAGACAUACACAUUUAAUUUCAAUGGAAUAGAUUUUGUUAUUGGGCUUUACUCAGCCGUCAUAGCUGUAAAGUCUUAGGAGAAAACAUAACAAAGUGCAUGCACGCUGAAAUUCAUCAGAAAAAAACCCGACAAAAAUCAUCAAGUUUUCAGAUUUCUGUGCAUGAGAACAAUCAUUCGGACAUAUAAGAUACACAAAGACAGACAGACAGACACACACACACACACACACACACACACACACACACACACACACACACACACACACACACACACACACUUACACUUAUCUGACUUAUCUGUUUACACUUGGUUCAGUUGGAUAUAAUAGAUACCUCUCCCCCAUUUCACAUCAUUUACACUGUUGUCAGAUACUUUGAACAUCACCGGUAUGUAUGAAUGAUGUGUAUGAUUUGUAUGAAGCGUAUGUGUGUGUGUGCCAGAUACAGUAUAUCAACUAAGACAGCUCUGUCAUUCUGCCUUUAUCCUCAGCCAUGAUGAACACAAGCACGCGCGCACACACACACACACACACACACACACACACACACACACACACACACACACACACCACACACACACACACACACAGUCAUGUUGGAAAAAAAAAGCACAACAGCACUCACAAUCAGAUCUUCAACUGAAAGUAUGUAGAACUACGAAUGUUCAUUUUUUUGUAAUGCAGCUUAAGAAAAAGACACUUUGUGCAAGUAUUUAUAUUUCUACUUUUGAUUUUAAUCCUUUUUUUUAUUGUUUUUACGCUUGAUCAAUCAGACUGAAAGGCACUUUUGUAUGUUUCUUCGUGUUACCGACCUCAUCACCAUUGUCUUUGAGGUACUUCAUGAUAAGAGUUUAGUCCCAGAACUGAAAAUUAUGUAGAUUAAAAAAUAAAAAAUAAAUCUUAGAGCACUGAAAUAGAAAUGCAUGAUGUAAAAAAACAUUUUAGAAAAGAUAUCGUUUGUCGCAGAAGGUUGUCACUUCAAAUGUAUAGAUUUUUUUUGUUUACAGUACACCACCGGUCUAAUUUAAAAAUCUGUGUGAAUGUGGGCAUGUGUGUGUUUGGAAAUUGGUAUGGCGAUGGGGAGUAUAUAUUUAAACUAAACAGGCAACAUGAAGCACUGUGAAAAAAGACAAAAUCAAAUUAACAAACCAUGAACAAAAUACCUUCAUGUUUUCAUUUAAGAGAAUUUUUAAUACUGAUAAUAAUGAUGAAGAUGAUGAUGAUGAUAAAAGUUGCCUUCAAACUCCAGUAGCCGCCCGCUCCGUCCAUUUCAAAAACACAUUACGUGUCGCCUGUGUGCUCAUUGUCUCACUGUCUGCCUGCAUUGGGGAACAUGUACAGUUUGUUUUUACAGUACAGUGCUAUGUAGUAUGUCUAUGCAGGGUAAUGAAGCGGUUAAAAAAUAAUGACUGUAGAAUUCAUUAUGUGUUUUUAUUGAUAACAAUAAAACUGUCAUUUUAACAAUGAAUGAUUUUAUGGAACUGACUUGUUGAUUUCAUGGCAAUUAAAAGAUGUUUUCUUUCCCUUUAA